GCACUCGUGGAAUGCGGUGUUGCGUUCGCGCAAGCCAGCUAACUCCGGUCCAGUCAUUUCAUUCGUCGCCGAGAACGUUGUGGUGGCCGCGACCAGAUCACUUAAAAACUUAACCGUGUAAUCAAAAUAUGUGUGAAAAUUACCGUUAUACGAGUGUUUCUCUGUUAUCUAUAAGUGAAUAAUAUUGUGACAGUUGUGUACAACACUUGUGUUAUGAAGUUUAGUGAAAGUUGACGGAGGUUUUCAAGGAACUCGGGUGUCUCGUCGCUUAUUUACCUCAUGGCGGGCUCCGGGGGCCUGUCAGAAUGGGCGGAGGGAGCCGCCGUGUGGUUCCAGCCGCCGGGGACCGCCGCCCCGCUGCCCGGGGAGCUGGUCGAGGUGCACCGCGCGGCCCGGGUGCUGCUCGUCUCCGCCCACCUUAAUGGACAGCCUCAAACCUUUGCCCUACAAAUGGGCAAUGGUGAAGACGAAGGGGACCCCGUGUGGCCGCGAGAGGAGCUCGGCCCCACCGGCGUGGACGACAUGACGAGGCUCCACGACCUUCACGAAGCCGCUCUACUCUGGAACCUGAAGCUAAGAUACGAACAGGGCCUGAUAUACACGUAUGCGGGCUCCAUUCUCGUGGCCGUCAAUCCUUAUAGACCUGUCGACGCGUUGUAUGGCUUGCAGACUGCAAGGAGGUACCACGCAGCAGAGGCGCUAGGCGAUCUCCCACCACAUUUGUUUGCCAUAGCGGCGGCUGCGCGCGCGGCGCUUCCCCAGCCUCAAGCCAUACUCAUCUCGGGCGAGUCCGGCGCGGGCAAGACCGAGUCCACCAAGCUGGCGGUCCAGUUCCUCGCCGCAGUCGCCCCCGCGCCGCCCGGUAGGGCUCCCGUCUCCGAACAAAUCUUAGAAGCGGCCCCCUUAUUGGAGGCCUUCGGAAAUGCAAGAACACCAAAAAACCACAAUUCUAGUCGAUUUGGAAAACUCUUAGAAUUGUACUUUAAGGAUGGCUUUCUCGCGGGAGCGAGAGUGGCCCACUACUUAUUGGAGAAAUCCCGUAUAGUCACACAGUCUCCUGGGGAGAGAAAUUAUCAUGUAUUCUAUGAACUACUAGCCGGCUUAGAUGAAGAACAAAGGCGAUCCAGAGGUCUCCUCACGGCUGAACAUUAUUUCUACUUGAAUCAAGGAGGAGACUCCGGCGGCGCAGGCGCUGGCGCCGACUGGUCCGCGCUGUGCGGUGCUAUGCAAGUUCUCGGCAUCGGUGACGCCGAACGAGAAGAUAUAAUCAGAGUUUUAGCAGCUGUCCUGCACUUAGGAAACGUAUAUUUCCACAGGAGACAAUUGCGACACGGACAAGAAGGUGUGCAAUUAGGUGGCGGAGCUGAAGUGCGCUGGGCUGCACAUUUAUUGAAGGUCCCAGCCGAGGCGAUGGCCAGGGCGCUCACCACACGGGUCACCGCGGCGAGGGCAGAGCGCAUGAGGUCACCACUGCCCAUAGACCAAGCCUUGGACGCGAGAGACGCGUUCGCGAAGGCUCUGUACUCGUCGCUGUUCAGCUGGCUAGUUCUACGAAUCAACUCGAUAGUGCACCGCGCCGGCUUACACGAUGCUCACAGAAUAUCUCUCCUGGACAUCUUUGGUUUUGAAGACUUGGAAGAGAACUCUUUUGAGCAACUAUGCAUUAACUACGCUAACGAAACGCUGCAACAUUAUUUCAAUAAGCACAUAUUUAAAUUAGAGCAACAGGAAUAUCAGAAAGAACGUUUGGAAUGGUCGAACUUGACUUGGAACGAUAACUCUCCAGUAAUACAACUGCUGAGUAAGAAGCCAGUGGGGAUCCUGCAUCUACUGGACGACGAGAGCAACUUCCCGCGCGCAUCAGACGCCUCGUUCCUAGAGAAGUGCCAUUACAACCACGCGUUAAACGAACUGUACUCAAGACCUAGAUUAGGAGCGAGCGAAUUCGGGAUCAAACACUACGCCGGCCAAGUAUGGUACAACGUGGAGGGUUUCCUCGACAAGAACCGUGAUGCCCUCCGAGCCGACGUGCUAGAGUUGCUCUGCAGCAGUGAAGUGCCCCUGGUUGCUGAGAUGUCGACGCAACUGAGGGCACAGCAUGAUGCGAAUAAGACGUUACCUAGAGGCGCCAAUGGAAGAUUCGUUACGAUGAAGCCUAGGACCCCUACAGUGGCUGCUAGGUUCUCAGACAGUCUCCACCAGCUCCUAGAAUCAAUGUCUCGAUGCAAUCCGUGGUUCGUGCGCUGCAUCAAGCCAAACACCGACAAAUCUCCUAUGAAGUUCGACAUGCCUUGCGUACUCGCCCAGCUGAGGUACACUGGCAUGCUGGAUACCAUCAAGAUCAGACAGACUGGAUACCCUAUCAGGAUACCUUUCCAGAACUUUGUGGAUAGAUACAGGUACCUGUUGAAGUCUACUCCAUCCCGAUCCACGCCGUACCGGGAGAUUUGCAACUCCAUUCUUGCUGAGAUGCCCCCCACCGGAGCUGUCGGUGCUGAUUACCAACUGGGUGCUGCUCGAGUGUUCAUAAGGGAAGCGUUACACCGCGCGCUGGAGAGAGCGCGAGCUGACAAACUGCGGGCAGCCGCUACGAAGCUGCAGGCACACUUCAGAGGAUAUUUAGCGAGGAAACGCUACCAACAAGUGCAGGACGCCACAAUCCGCCUCCAGUCCUGGUGGCGCGGCGCCACCACGCGGCGUCGCUUCGUGCGCGUGCGCGGCGGCGUGGUGAAGGCGCAGGCACUCGUACGGGGCCGGCGCGCGCGCAAGCGGUACGCGGCGCUGAGGGAGCAGCAUAGGAGACGCGCUGAGGCUCAGCAGUUGGCUGCUAAACGUCGUGCAGCUGAACAGAAAGCAGCUCAGAAGGCGAAGGCCGAGAGCCUGCAGGUACUGGAGGUACCGGCCGAGCUCGCCUUCAUACUGUCCAAGCUUGACGAGUGGCAGCCACCACACACAGAGAGGAACCUUGCUAAGGUAUCAGGGGACGUCUACUCAGAAGAAGAGAGGGUACAACUUCCCCGAGAUUUACAACAGUUCGCCUUCUCAAAGUUCAGCUCAGUAUACUUCGCUGAUGGUGGACACUUGAGCCCCAAGAAACAUCCCAUCACCAGGCCGUUCCUGGCUAAAGCUGCUGUCAGGGAUCAAGACUUCAACGAUGCAGUGGCUACGUUCAAGCUUAUACUGAGGUGGUGCGAUGAAACCGCCGCCGGUAAUGAAGCCAGGCAGAAGGUGUUAGCAGACUACAUAGCGUCCCGCGGGUUGUCGUCCCGCGGUCUGCGAGACGAGGUGCUGGUGCAAGUGUGCAACCAGGCGAGUGGGGACAACUCUUCCGAGCGUGUGUGGCAACUCAUGGCACAUUGUCUAGCUGCCUUCCAGCCGGGGCCGCCGCUGCAUAAAUAUCUAGUCCGCUUCGUAUCGGAACGUGCGCCGGCGUCGUGGCGGUCGCAGCUGCUGCGGUCGCUGUGCGGUCGCGGCGCGGCGGCGGCGCGGACCGCGGGCGUGGCGCGGCGCUGUCCGCCCACGCUGCUGGAGUGGCGGGCGGCGCAUAGUGAUGCUAAGCCUGCACUGCCGCUGCGGCUGUAUGACGGUAAGCUGUACUAUAUACCCGGCGUCACGGCGGGCGUGGCGCGGCGCUGUCCGCCCACGCUGCUGGAGUGGCGGGCGGCGCAUAGUGAUGCUAAGCCUGCACUGCCGCUGCGGCUGUAUGACGGUAAGCUGUACUAUAUACCCGGCGUCACGGCGGGCGUGGCGCGGCGCUGUCCGCCCACGCUGCUGGAGUGGCGGGCGGCGCAUAGUGAUGCUAAGCCUGCACUGCCGCUGCGGCUGUAUGACGGUAAGCUGUACUAUAUACCCGGCGUCACGGCGGGCGUGGCGCGGCGCUGUCCGCCCACGCUGCUGGAGUGGCGGGCGGCGCAUAGUGAUGCUAAGCCUGCACUGCCGCUGCGGCUGUAUGACGGUAAGCUGUACUAUAUACCCGGCGUCACGGCGGGCGUGGCGCGGCGCUGUCCGCCCACGCUGCUGGAGUGGCGGGCGGCGCAUAGUGAUGCUAAGCCUGCACUGCCGCUGCGGCUGUAUGACGGUAAGCUGUACUAUAUACCCGGCGUCACGGCGGGCGUGGCGCGGCGCUGUCCGCCCACGCUGCUGGAGUGGCGGGCGGCGCAUAGUGAUGCUAAGCCUGCACUGCCGCUGCGGCUGUAUGACGGUAAGCUGUACUAUAUACCCGGCGUCACGGCGGGCGUGGCGCGGCGCUGUCCGCCCACGCUGCUGGAGUGGCGGGCGGCGCAUAGUGAUGCUAAGCCUGCACUGCCGCUGCGGCUGUAUGACGGUAAGCUGUACUAUAUACCCGGCGUCACGGCGGGCGUGGCGCGGCGCUGUCCGCCCACGCUGCUGGAGUGGCGGGCGGCGCAUAGUGAUGCUAAGCCUGCACUGCCGCUGCGGCUGUAUGACGGUAAGCUGUACUAUAUACCCGGCGUCACGGCGGGCGUGGCGCGGCGCUGUCCGCCCACGCUGCUGGAGUGGCGGGCGGCGCAUAGUGAUGCUAAGCCUGCACUGCCGCUGCGGCUGUAUGACGGUAAGCUGUACUAUAUACCCGGCGUCACGGCGGGCGUGGCGCGGCGCUGUCCGCCCACGCUGCUGGAGUGGCGGGCGGCGCAUAGUGAUGCUAAGCCUGCACUGCCGCUGCGGCUGUAUGACGGUAAGCUGUACUAUAUACCCGGCGUCACGGCGGGCGUGGCGCGGCGCUGUCCGCCCACGCUGCUGGAGUGGCGGGCGGCGCAUAGUGAUGCUAAGCCUGCACUGCCGCUGCGGCUGUAUGACGGUAAGCUGUACUAUAUACCCGGCGUCACGGCGGGCGUGGCGCGGCGCUGUCCGCCCACGCUGCUGGAGUGGCGGGCGGCGCAUAGUGAUGCUAAGCCUGCACUGCCGCUGCGGCUGUAUGACGACACAGUGCAGCACGUGAGCGUGGACUCGUGGACGUCGUGCGAGCGCGCGGCGGCGGCGGCGCUGGCGGCCGCGGGGGUGCAGCACAACGCGACGGGCUGGUCGCUCACUAUGGAACAUAAUGGACAACUCACUGAAUGGGCGGGCUGUGAGUUCGCGCUGGACGCUGUCGGUGAAGUAGAAACAUGGGCAGCACUGCCCGGCGCCCGGGCCGAGCCGCUCCGAGCGUCCGGCGUCGGCCACGCGCCUGCCCGACAGUCGCCGCCCGCUCCGCCGCCACGGGCGUCGUCCGUCGAUACUGAUAAGAAUGCUAGGCCACAGAUCCCACCACCAGAGCCACCAAAAUCUCGCUCUCCAAGCAUACCGCGAAUGUUACAAGACUCCAUCAUCGACGAAGACAGCUCCGAAUACAACUGGAACAUAGAGAAACGCGAGGACACACACACAAGCAAACAUACAAGCGAAUACUCAAAGCACGUCAGCGAAUAUACGAAACACAGCAACGAAUAUAGCAAACAUAGCAACGAAUAUAAGCACAACAACGACUAUUCUAAGCACAGCAAUGAUUACUCCAAGCACAGCAACGAAUAUUCCAGAAAAACUUCCCACGAUGUACUGUCUCGGGAGUCAGCAUUAAACGAACGAUACUUCGAACAAACUUCAGACAAAGUCCGCAGCAGGUCGCUUGACAAUCUUUUAGGUGACAACCCUGUGCCGCCACCGAACAAAUUAGCUGAUUUAGGGCUGUCACAAUCAAGACUGAAUGACCGAUAUCACUCGGUGGAGAGGUUAGUGGGGGCGCCAAGUGUGGCCAGCAGUAAGGGAGGGAUGGAAAUGGAGUAUGGAACAGGAUCGAGGGCUGUACCUUCGCGGUAUAUAAAGUCACAGUAUGCUGGAAAACGCGCGCCGGCCGGCUCGCAGUCGAGUCGCGCGUAUAUUGAGAAGAGCUCUGAAUUUGGUGGUGUCAGGUCAUCAGCAAUGUCAGACACCUCUGAAGCGCCAAGUCUCGCAUCUCACGUGCGUCGCGUCCGCGUUCCGAGCCAAGCGUCAGACGUCGAUCAAUUCCUAGACGAUCUGUUCUCCCCUGUGCUAGACCCUAACAUUGACGAGCUCUCAGACGCUCGAUCACUAGCCGCCAGCAUCAAGGGAGGCAGAAACUACAGCGAUUUCAUCGACAGCGUCCUCAACUGCGAUUACAACGAACAAAUUGAAACUUUAAACAAUGUCCAAGAAGUCCAAAGCCUUAUCAAAGGUGGAGGCAAAGAGGACAAAGAAAAGGGAAGAACAAGCAGGAAGGAGUCCAGUGUGGACUCUGUCGAUGACUAUAUCACGAACCUAUUCGAUCCUAUAUUCAUGAAUGACAGUUUGAAACGGCUGACUGAUGGGGAAGGGCUCACUGGUGCCAUAAAAGGAGGUGGAGCAACUCCAAGAGCUGCCUCCGCCAACACGUCCACUUUAAGUUUCGGAGCCUUGCCCCUCCCUCCGACGAUGCCGUCCACUCCCGAAGCUCUGGCCGCUGCACUAGGACUUCACCUCCCCCCUCCCGGCACGGUCGAUAUUAAUGCUUAUCAUCAGAACCUGCAGCGAGCUUUCUUACAAAGUGCAAUGGCACAAAAUCUGCAGAUCCAACAGCAACUGCUAGCUCAGAACCAAGCCUUACAAACUCUUCUAGCCGGUCAGGUAGUUGAGCCUUCUGAAUCAGAGCCCACAUCGCCAGUCCGAGCGUCUACUGUUGUGCAUGCACAAGUACAUUCUCCACCACGUAACGCAGUUAAGCUGCGGCGAGAGUCCAACGAGAGCAUGUCUGCGGGGGCUCCACCCCCUCCCCCACCGCCGAUGCCUCCUCCACUACACUCGACUGAUCCCCUCGAAAUAAAGGGCUUUGUAGACCCGUACGGACGAGCGAAAACUGUUCGUAUCGGCAAAUGGAGAUGGCCCCCACCAAAGGAUGCAGUGGGUCAAGAACAAGCACAAGAUUUUACCAAAUUCAAACUGCGUCAGAUUCAAAGACGACACACGCCGCAGUCACAGUCAAACGGCAUGGAACAUGAACCACCACGUGGUCGAUCUAAGUCAGAAACAACUCCAGGCAUCGAGUGGGAGGAGUUUGAGGUAGACGGUCCAGUUGUAUCACCGAGUAGAGAGGCGCCCAACCAACGAACUGCUAGACGAAGCUUUGAAAUCGGUGCCCAGCGCCCCUCACCGGGUAGCGUUGGAAAGCUUAAGUUGAGUUCAGAAAUGAGACAACGGUUAGAGAGAGUCACAGCUAAUCACUCUGUACGCAGCACGUCUUCUGCAGCAGAAACGCCGCGUACCAUCAACAAGUUAGAAGAUACUAGAAAGUUAAUGUUAGAGCGUCAGUUAGGAGGUGGGGCACGAUGGGACGCGCCGCCGCCGCCCCUGCCGCCUGCGCCUCCUGGCCCCGCGCCACCUCCACCUAUGUCACCACCGACACCACCAGAUGGCCCUGCGCCCCCUCCACCCGCACCCGACGCGUCAUCAACCUUCGCACAACUACGCCGCGAUCGUGACACAUUCGGUGUUCACCAAAACAGAGAGGCUGAUGACCGUCACGCCUUCUUAGCUAACUGGAACUCGCGACGCAGGGAGGAGUCCGAGCCUCCACCGUCUCGUGACGACUUAGCCACACGGUUCCUCACAGCUGACAGGCGUCAUUCCGAACGCAGAGUUAACGACUGGGGCGAUGAAUCUGAUGUCCGCAGCUACGAUGACCGAGGACAAAGUCGAGAUGAAUGGGACUCGGAGUCAGGACACGAUACGACCGGCCGUCGCGACCGAGACAACUACUCCGGCCGAGAAGCGUCGGAAAUUUACGAAGUACACACGACAAGAGCCGAACGAAGGAAAGAAGAGAAUGGUAUUGAAGAUUCUUUUGAGCGCAAGCGUUCUCCGUUCUACGAUGAUUUUGAGAGAUUUGACGGUAGGAAGAAUUCUCGGGAUAUGCUUGUAGGAAGAGCGAGAGAAAGUCCGAGGUCCGAUAUAAUUUUCCCUCAAGAGAAUAAUGAUGCGAAGAGAACUGAAAGAGCUACGUUCAAGACUCACAUGGCUCAAAAAGAGAGAGACAGGAAAAUGGAGGCGGAGCGACGACAUUCCGUGUCUACUCACGUCACUGAUAGGACUGAACAUAUUGAACGUGACGUGCCCGCCCCAGCAGCACUCCUGCCUUCAGACCGCUCGUUCCUCACGUACAGUCGAGUGCCGUGGAAGUUACGCGUGCGCAAAGAAGUGUUCACGCCUCUAGAGACCUACAACGACCCAGCCAUAUUAGACCUACUUUAUGCUCAAAUUGUCCACGACAUAAACUCAACGCUCCCAUCGCUCCGCAUGAGUGCGAGCGAGCGUCGCGCGGGCGCGGCGUGGCUGCGCUCGCAGGCCGGGACGCCCGUCCGCGCGGCAACGAAGCGGCAAGCCGUAGAAAUGGCUCGCUCUUGGCCUUUUUACUUCGCUCGGUUGUUCGCAGCUAGAGUACCGCCAGGAGAGAAUGCUGUGUUAGCUGUGUCGCAUAAUGCUGUUACUAUUGGAGUUAAAGGUCCAGCCGGCCUCACCAUCCGCCGCUCGCUCUCCCUAAGCGGUCUCCGCGCAUCAUCAUCAGCGCCGCACUCCCUACAGCUGUCAUCUUCCCGGGAACCGCCGCUGACGCUGCAUGUACCACUAGCCCAUCAUGCGCAUGCACUCAUCGCGGAGUACGCACUGCAGUAUACUCAGGUUCAACCCAAACCUACAACAAAUGGAGUUACAAAAGAACGAGUUUCAGAACGAGAUACCAGAGAGACGAGAGAGUCCCGGGACUCAAGAGACUCUCGGGAGAUACGCGAACUGCGCGAAGCGAGAGACUCUAGAGAAGAGACGGACCACGUAGAACGAAGAGCGCAGACGACGUCACCAGUACCACGGGAGAGGGAACGGGAGAGAGAACGGGACAGAGACAGGGAUCGGGACCGGGAGAGAGAGAGGGAGUUAAGAGAAGAGAGGAGAGACCAGUCAACGCCACAGCACGACGGCAGGCACCCGCUGCUCCAGUUUGCCGUCGAUCACUUCAGACAGAGUCCAGAAUUAGAAAUCCUGAAAGCGGAUUCAUCUCUAAAGAGUAAAGCGAAACGCAACGAAUGGACAUGGAAGGCACAGACGGACGUCGUGAAGUGGCAAGCGACUCCGCUGCGGGCGCCUUUGCUGCGCUUGCCGGCCGCGCUCGCGCCGCCAGCGCUUGAGUGCUUUACUUGCGUCCGCGCGUAUUGUGGCGACCUGCAGCCCAAUGAGCGGCAGAUGCAUCAGGACUUGACUGAAGUUAAAUGUGUUUAUACUGUGCUUAUGCACUGCCACUCGGUCCCAGAGCUUCGCGACGAGGUAUACUGCCAGCUGAUGAAGCAGACCACAUCCAACCGCUCACCGUCCGGCGACUCAUGCCAGCGCGCAUGGAGGCUCAUGUCCAUACUAGCGGCGUACUUCACUUGUUCUGAUACGCUAAGGCCAUUCUUAGUAGAGUACCUAUCGGCAGCGGCUGCGGAUAGACGUCGUCCCUGUCAAGGCACGGCGGCUGUGUGCCUCGCCAACUUGCGCAAGACUCUUCGAUGCGGUGGCAGGAAGAAUGUGCCCAGUGUUGAAGAGGUGACAGCAGUAUCAGCGGGUCGUUCAGCUCGACGCCAGCUAUACCGACUGCCUGGCGGCGCCGAGCGCGUCGUCAACACGCGCUGCGCCACCGUCGUGCAGGACAUCGUCAACGAGCUCUGUGAACUGAUCGGCGUAACAAGCGAAGCUGAGCGAGCAGAAUUCUCCCUCUACUGCAUCGUAGCCGGCGACGCUCUCACCAUGCCGCUGGCGGGAGACGAGUACGUGCUGGACGUAACGACGGAGCUGCAGCGAGCUCAUCAUCCCUUCUACCUCAUCUUCUGUCGCUCUGUGUGGCACCAUCCGUUAAGGACUGAUGCCCCGCCGCUGUAUACUGAAGUGCUGUUUAACCAGGUGGCCCCAGACUACCUAGAAGGCUUACUCCUGGUCCUACCAGGGGGCGGUGCUCCCCCAGCCCCAGUUCUACGUGACGUAGCUCUAGUAGCCGCACUGUUACACCGUGCCGCAGGCCUAUCUGAAGGGGCGCAGGCGCGGGACUUGAAGUUCCUGCUGCCCAAGCCUUUGUUAGCGCUGAGGGAGCCUCGCCCGAACAAGUGGGCCUCCUGGUUAGCUGCUGAAUGGCAGCAUGUGAGGACUUUGUCUCCGGCCGCUGCCAAAGCUAAAGUUCUACAGGUAUUAUCCCGCUGGCCACUCUUCGGGUCAUCAUUCUUCGCCGUCCGUCGCGUGUCGGGCAACGGCGAGUGGCGCGAGCACGUGUUAGCGCUGAACAGACGCGGCGUGCAUCUGCUGCAUCCCAGCACACACGACACCGACACACGCUGGCCUUACGCCGAGCUCAUCAGCACCAGGAAGGUCCGGUCAGAAGACGGCACAUUAUUCCUGGACGUGAAGUGCGGCUCGCUGUUACAGCAACGUGUUACACGUCUGCAGGCGGAGCAGGCACACGAGGUGGCGCGGCUCGUGCGACAGUACAUCGCGCUGCAGAGAGACCAGAGGCACUCGCCAGGUAAGCCACGUGUUGCACUCGACGUUACAGCAACGUGUUACACGUCUGCAGGCGGAGCAGGCACACGAGGUGGCGCGGCUCGUGCGACAGUACAUCGCGCUGCAGAGAGACCAGAGGCACUCGCCAGGUAAGCCACGUGUUGCACUCGACGUUACAGCAACGUGUUACACGUCUGCAGGCGGAGCAGGCACACGAGGUGGCGCGGCUCGUGCGACAGUACAUCGCGCUGCAGAGAGACCAGAGGCACUCGCCAGGUAAGCCACGUGUUGCACUCGACGUUACAGCAACGUGUUACACGUCUGCAGGCGGAGCAGGCACACGAGGUGGCGCGGCUCGUGCGACAGUACAUCGCGCUGCAGAGACCAGAGGCACUCGCCAGGUAAGCCACGUGUUGCACUCGACGUUACAGCAACGUGUUACACGUCUGCAGGCGGAGCAGGCACACGAGGUGGCGCGGCUCGUGCGACAGUACAUCGCGCUGCAGAGAGACCAGAGGCACUCGCCAGGUAAGCCACGUGUUGCACUCGACGUUACAGCAACGUGUUACACGUCUGCAGGCGGAGCAGGCACACGAGGUGGCGCGGCUCGUGCGACAGUACAUCGCGCUGCAGAGAGACCAGAGGCACUCGCCAGCUUUCAACAAUUGAAAAGCGAAUGCGAACGUAUCGGAGCAACAGACUGGAACGAGUGUGUAGGCGCAGUGUAUCAUAGUGUAGUCAGUUAGUUCACGUACUUACCUCAACGCUGUCGAAUCCGUCCACUAAACACUUCUAGAUGUAAGGAGGAUUGAAAUGAUAAUAGGAUUUUAGGGCACAACGUACAGCGCCGCCUAGCGCUAGUCGUACGUACUUCUAUUUUCAUUUUAGUCACCGUUCGACCAAUAAGUAUUUAUAUAAGGGCAAUUAUUUUAAGAAACAAAUAAUCUCUUUAAACAUUCCAAUAAAAUACUUUUAACAACCAAAAAGUAUGAAAAUGUAUGUUAUAUGAAUUUAUAGUGGUAUUAAUUUUGUAUACAUUUAAACACAAUGCAAUUAUUCCAAGUACACUCAUGUAAUAUAGAUUUUAAUCUAUCAAAGAUUAAUGAGAAGCGUGGGUCAUUUGUUUCCCACCAAAAACACCAGGAACGAUCAUUCUAGAACCCACGAUUUGAAUACGAAAAAAUUGCAUGAGUUAUAUUUUACGCUCAAGAUUAUAUGAACUGAAAGAACAAUUUUAUAUUUUGUAGAACAAUUUUUGAUUGAUUUGAAAAAUGCAUGAAAAUUGAUCAAGAAUAGUUCUACAAAACAACAAUAAUUUAGCUCACGUUGCUCAAAGUGACGACUUUGGACCUUGUUAUUAAUGUGACAGCAUUAUGGGCGGGAAUAUUUCACCGCACCUUACACUAAAGGGGUCAUUGUCACAUCAAACUAUAGCACGAACCCCGGCGUCACUCGUCAAGGCUUGUCGUCCUAGUACAUAUUAUAAUUAUGUAAUUAAAAUAGUUUGUAGAUAAAACAUUACGCCGUUCAUGGAAUUCGUAUUAUGUUGUCUAUAGUAUCGGUAUUUCCAUAAACAAUUUUUUGAUAUAUUAUCUACUUACACAAAAACUUUUUUCUGUAAUCCAUUCCUAUGUGCCUUAUUUUUAUUCUGAUAUUCUAACAAAAGGUGCUAUUUUACCUUAAAUUUAAUGUACUUACUAAUAAUUGAUGUUAUUUUAAAGUCUUUAUUAUGAAAUUAUCCAAAGACCGCGAGGUCGGAGUCAUGUUUAAUGUAUUUACUUAUAUAUUUCGUUGUAAUGUAAAAUAUUUAAUGAAUCUGAUGUAUGAGAAUAUAUUGUAGAUAAUAAAAGUUAUAUUUUCAAA